AUGUCUGCCCCCAACGGACCCGCCCCCGGUCAGAUUCUCACCGGGAAGCAAGAACAUUAUCUCAAGCGCGAACUCAUCGCCCGUCAGGUCCAGAGUGAAAUCGCCGAGCUAAACUCGCCAACCGCCCUCCAACGCUUCGGUGCCCCCUUCAAGUCAGAAUUCGGCGAAGUUGCGCCCGUCGACUCGGAACUCCCUAUCUUGCGAUACAUCUUCGUCCACCAUGUGCGCAAUUUUCCGUUCCUCGAUCAGGCCCGCGAGAAGGAGUUCUGGCAAGAUAAACUACAAGUGUUUCUAGAAUCGUUUGCAAAGAAGAAUGUCUCAUCUUCGGAAGACCGCCUGGAAGAGACAAAGCGCAGGAAGUUGGCGCGAAAGUGUGAGAAAUUGGUCGAACUCAUGAUGGUUUCAGGAAUCCCGACGGCCUCGGGCUAUGAAGAGCGCAUUCAAUUCUCGGAGAUGGAAGUCGUCGAUCGCGGGGCUAAUGAAAAGGGGCUGUUGGUCAACAUGCCCGAGGGAAAUGUAAUUCAUGGAUGGGAUAUCAAUGUGGCUGCUGUGCGAGUCACCUCGGUGCGACGGACUGUACGAUACCAUCAACAUGCGGAGUUCAUACUUCGUGUGCGAAGAGAAGGCAAGCCCGAUCUCUUCGUGGCUCGUCGUUACGGCGACUUUGCCAAACUUCACAAGCGACUACGAACCGAAUUUCCCGGCAAACCGCUGCCCCCUCUCCCUCGCAAGAACAAAUCCUCAAUGACAACAAGCUGGUUCGGGUCGGCAGAUGACGAAGCAUCCUCGGUCUCUUCCGUGUCAACAGUCGGUGUCAGCGCCGUGGACGAGGGCUAUUCGUCACGGAACUUGACCCCUGGAAACCAUCAUCACCGGUCGUUGUCCCGGUCUUCUAAGCGUUCCUUGAGAUCGCCCCGGGCAUCUAGUGAAGGUUCGAGGGAGACAGUGCUCUACCGGGAAGACCAGAGAGUCUCUCUUCGGGCGUUCCUUCGCACCAUGCUACAAAACAAGCGGGUGGCUGAAACGAAAGCCUUGGAAGAGUUUUUGACGGCCGACCCCGUCACUUUGAACGAAGAGGAGAAGCUGGAUAUGCAGAAGCGGAAGGAUGUCGACGCGGUGAGAAUAGAAGAGCAAAAGCGAUUCUACGAAAUCGCCCGGGCACGCGCAGCUGAAUUGGACGCUUACAUGGAGAAUUUCCGUCGAGACAUUGUCGAGAGCAAUGGCCUGACAAAGCUGUUUUCCGAGAUCAAGGAGAAGCCGACGGUGCAGGAUCUCAGUCCCAAGUACCAAAAGUUUGCUGAGUGGCUCCGGAUUGAGGUUGCUGCAACGCUUUACCACCUGUUCUUGGCUGAGGACAACUCCCCCGAACUAUUCGCACAAGCCAAGAGAAUCCAUUCCCUCGUCCCGUACACUCUGUUGAAGAAUGUUAUUCGAAUUGCCAACCCGGCAGCCGUGAUGGCAGGAGUGCUCGACCUCUUCCUGGCCCAGCCCUUCGGCUCGCGCUCGCUCCUACAGCGGAUCUUCUCGAUGACUCUCAACGAUGGCAUCAAGGCCUUCCAGAAAUCGAUCGAUGCGCUGGCCGCCAAGGUCGAAGAUCCCAUCCUCUGCCAAAAGCUUAAGGCGUUCACCGACUCGGAUGAAAGUCUCAAGAACGAGAUCCGCGCAGAAGCUGCUGAUGAGGAUAUUGAUAUUGUCGUGGCUAUUCUUCGCACUGAGCUUCUGCAGCCUGAGCUGACUCCCGAGCAAUUUGGCAAGGUAUUCAAUGCCUAUGUGGCCUGGAAUCAAGCCGUGGACAAUGUCGAGGUGGAGCUGCGAGAGGGUGCCCAUUGGUUUGCGAACAUGAAACAGCUACUGAAGCUUUACACUCGCCAGCGCGACAAGGCCAUGAUGCUCAGUAUCGUCGAAGAACCAGUUACCCUCCAGCUCUUCCGCGACCUUUUCACCAUCUUCUACGAACCGCUGGUCCGCGUCUACAAGUCGGCCAAUGUCUACAGCAGCAUCACGGAUUUCGCUCGUUUUGCUGACGAUGCGAUUGCAGUGAUCGAGAAGUGCCAGCGGCAGGAUGUUUCGGCGGAUCCGAACCAGACGGUCCAGGCCUUCAUCGAUCUCUGCGAACGUCACCAGAGCAGCUUCUAUAAGUUCGUGCAUGAGGUUCACUUGCACGAUAAUGGCCUGUUCACGUCCCUCAUGGGGUGGAUCGAGGAUAUCCUGGAGUUCUUGCGCAAGGGACCGCGCGGGGGCGAUCUGGACAUGAACGCCUUGCUGCGAGGAGCCAAGGAUUUUGGACAAGUUGACAACAACAAGGCACUGGAGGAGAUCAAUGCCUUGAUCAAAUGGCACGAAGACCGAAAGCGGUGGCACCUGAACAAAACGCGACAGAAGAUGGCGGCCGAAGGAACGGGCCAUGAAGGAUAUCUGGGUAACGCGACGUUCCGGGGCAGCGACUUUGGCCUGGAUGAGGCCGACCUUGAAGAUCUUGCCAUCUCCGACGCCGAAUCGGAGGGAUCGGAAGAGCUGGACGACGAAGAGGAUCUCGACCCGAUCACGGCGGAGCGCAGACGCCGGGUCAAGCAGCAGGACCAGCUCCGGCGCACGGCUGGCGAGCCGAUCAAGCCGGACGUAUCGGAGAUCCUCAAGUUGUCCGACUCGUUUGCCUGUCAUAUCCCCAACUUUAAAUCUCCCCCGAUUACUCAUGCUGUCUCCCACCAAAUCCUUCAGUGGCGCGGGGUCGCCUCGCUCGCCUGGCAUGGCCGUUCCUCUGCGGGGUCUCUUCCUCGACGAUUCUACACCUGCCAAAAGCCCCAAGCGCAACGGUGCCGAUUCUUCCUCUGGGCCAGCGACGCCGAAAUCCGCGAGAAACACGCCGUCUUGUCAAACUCUCACACCGAGCCUGAUUCCUCUGCCCCCGGAACCCCGACCAAGAAACCUCGCCUGUCCGCGACAGGUCUCCUGACACCCCAGACUGAUCGCACGAUUCGAUACGGUUCAAUCAUGGGUGCCACCCCCGGCGGCAGGGUGGGGUUCAAUACGCUCCCACAAAGCGCCAAAGCACGUAUGAUGUCAGAAGAUAUGGAUGAGUUCGAAUGGGAUGAUGAGGAUGAUGCGGCGGUGGGGAAGAUUCUUGUUCAAGGAGGGCAGCAGCAGCAGCAGUCAGCCCCGCUGCGACAGCCGGACUUCGGGCCACCGAAGACGCCGUCGGGUGCGGCUUCUGCGUCGGGGAAGAGGAAGUUCUCGGAUAUGGAGGAGGAUGGCAGUGGAAAGACGUUGAGCUUUACGCCGACUUCGUUGGCAAGAUCGUAUACGGAUAAGACGGUGUCUUUUGCUUCUACGGUGUCUGGUCCGCCGUCGUCGAUGGAGUUCUCGGGGACGCCUACGCCGGUCAGGUUCCGGGCUGGACCUGGUGUUGAUGCGGAUGAAUUGAAGAAGGAGGGCUUGGCGGUAACGGCUGUCAAGAUUCUCGAGAAGAACCAGGUGAAGGUAUCGAAGCAGGCGAAGGAUGAGUUGGUGGAUAUGUUGCAUAAGUAUGAGUUGAAGCUGAAGGGGAUAGUCAAGGGGAGGGAUAUAUCGCGGAUUGCGCUGAAGAAGAAGGAUGACCAGAUUAAGGAGCUGAAUGAGCGCAUUGCGAGAUUGGAGGGGGGACGCGACCUCCCCGCCAUGUUCCGUCCUCCAGUGAACCGGGCUAUGCGAGUCCUGGACCGAUCCUUUUUCAAAAGGACAGUGCCAAUCUCUGCGGCGGCUAUCUUCAAGAUCUCGGAUAUCUCCAACGUGCGGAAGGAAUUGACCAAGAGCCGGGAUUUGCUCCAGCUGCCGAGAUUGGGCUGCAUUCGGGAAAUCAAGGUCGAUGAUCUGGUGCACAAGUGUCUGUUGUUGAAGGAGGAGGUUAAGCCUGAUGACGCCACGACGUGGUCCCCGACGAUCAGCGAGCUUGUUAAGCAGGGAGUGGUUGGCGUGAAGCCUUAUGAUUUGACACUGGAGUAUGAUUAUUGGACUUAUGCGGAUAUUAUGUCCUGCAUCCUGCCGGAGGACAUGCUGGAUGAGAUCCCUCAGGGAUUCACGCAAGUUGGUCAUGUUUCGCAUCUCAACCUUCGCGAGCAAUACCUGCCCUACAAGCAUCUGAUCGCCCAGGUCCUAAUGGACAAGAACCCCAAUGUUAGCACCGUCAUUCGCAAGACCGAGGACGUAGGCUCCCACAGUCAAUUCCGCACGUUCCCCUUCGAGCUUCUGGCCGGCAAGAACGACCUGAACGUCAUCCAGCACGAGCAAAACUGCGAGUUCCGCUUCGACUACUCGCGCGUGUACUGGAACAGCCGUCUCGAGACGGAGCACCGCCGUCUUGUGGACAAGUUCCGCCCCGGUGAGAUGGUCUGCGACGUCAUGGCGGGCGUUGGGCCCUUCGCCGUGCCCGCUGGUCGGAAGAAGAUUUUCGUGUGGGCCAACGACCUCAACCCGCACGGGUACGAGGUGAUGCUGGACGCCAUAAAGCGCAACAAGGCCGACAAGUUCGUCACCCCCUUCAACAAGGACGGCCGCGAGUUUAUCCGCUGGUCUGCGCACGCCCUCCAAGAAUCCCCGCACACCGUGACUAUUGAGCCCAAGAUCCGGAGGAGCAAGAAAGCCGCAGCCGAGGAGAAGGGCGACCACCUGCCGCAGCCCGAGGUCUUCCACCGCCCGACCGUCUUCCACCACUACGUGAUGAACCUUCCCGGCAACGCCAUUGAGUUCCUCGAUGCCUUUGUUGGCGUCUACGCAGGCAAGGAAUCGCUCUUUGCCCCGCACACCUCGCAACCCCUGCCCAUGGUCCACGUCUACUGUUUCUCGGGCCACUCGGAGGACGAACAUGACGACCACGUGGAUGUGUGCCAGCGCAUCUCGGAGCGCAUCGGCCACACCAUCACGACGGAGGAUCGCGUCGGGGGCAGCGGCAACCAGGAAAUCGAGCUGGCCAUCCACAAUGUGAGAUUGGUCAGUCCUAAUAAGCAAAUGUUCUGCGCCAGCUUCCGUCUGCCGAAGGAGGUGGCGUUCCGUCAGAUCUAAGACGAUCUGCUUGGCUAGAACGUCUGUAUUAUCUAUCGCAUAGCAUCGGGGCGUUUUGGCUAUGGAUAUAGAAAAGUGUCGAUAAGUGUUGAAUUGAUACCCUUACUUGCCUUGUAGUUACACAUGGCAGUCCUAGAUCUAAAGCAC